UUUGCAGCCCUACUGACGCUGGUUCUUCUUCUUUUUCUCGUCGCGCCGCGCAAUUUUUUCGUCCGCCGGAAUUCGCAAAUGCAAAUACACGGAUUUUGAACGCAGUAUCAUCAAAGCAUCAUUUGGAAUUACUGUCACUGACUCGACGGCAAAAUGUCGAGUUUUGUGCUUGAUAAGGAAGCGUUUGUGCGACGCCUAAAGCGCCUUUACACGGAAUGGAGGGCUCCAAGCAUCGGACACGAUGACGCCCUCAGCAAUCUGGACUGCAUCAUGAGCGUCGUGGGUGUCGAAGAGGAUGUCCUGUACUCGAAAUCCAUGGCCCUGCAGCUAUGGCUUUUGGGCUACGAACUGACGGACACUAUUUCAGUUUUUGCCUCCGAUUCUGUAUACUUCCUCACCAGCAAAAAGAAAAUAGAGUUCCUUAAGCAAACCCAGAACAUUACAGAGGAGGGUGUGCCGGAAAUUAAGCUGUUAGUAAGGGAUCGUACGGAUAAAGACAAGGGCAACUUCGAGAAACUCAUUAAGGCGCUGCAAAACUCUAAAAAGGGCAAGCGACUAGGCGUAUUUACCAAGGAUGCGUUCCCCGGGGAAUUUAGCGAGUCCUGGAAAAAGUCUUUGACGUCCUGCGAAUUCGAACAUGUAGACAUCAGCACCAUAAUCGCAUACAUUAUGUGUCCCAAAGAUGAAUCGGAGAUCAACAAUAUACGGAAGGCAUCGCUAGUGUCCAUGGACAUUUUCAACAAGUAUUUGAAAGAUGAGAUCAUGGACAUUAUCGAUUCGGAUAGGAAAGUCAAGCACAACAAACUAUCAGAUGGCUGCGAGGCGGCCAUUGGCGAAAAAAAAUACACCAGUGGCCUGGAUCCCAGAUUACUGGACAUGGCCUAUCCACCCAUCAUUCAAUCGGGCGGUGCCUACAGCCUAAAGUUCUCCGCCGUGGCGGACAAGAAUCCGCUGCAUUUCGGAGUGAUUGUGUGCUCCCUGGGCGCCCGCUACAAAUCCUACUGCUCAAAUAUAUCGCGCACCUUCCUUGUUAAUCCCACCGAGGCCAUGCAGGAGAACUACACAUUUCUGGUAGGUGUGCAGGAGGAAAUACUCAAGCUGCUGGUGCCGGGCACCAAACUGUGCGACGUAUACGAGAAGACGCUGGAAUACGUCAAGAAGGAGAAGCCCAGCCUGGUGGACAAUCUGCCGAAGAGCUUUGGUUUCGCUAUGGGGCUGGAGUUCCGGGAAAACUCGAUCGUAAUCGGACCCAAGUGCCAGGCGCUGCUCAAAAAGAACAUGGUCUUCAAUCUGCACGUGGGCUUUUCAAAUCUUACCAAUCCCGAUGCCACCGACAAGGAGGGCAAGAACUACGCCCUGUUCAUCGGCGACACUGUCCUUGUUGGCGAACAAUCCCCUGCCAGUGUGAUGACCCCGUCCAAGAAGAAAAUCAAGAACGUGGGCAUUUUCAUCAAGGACGACAGCGACGAGGAGGACGUCGACGACAAGAAGGCCGCGAAGGAGGAUCAGGGCACUGAAAUCCUGGGACGAAGCAAGCGUAAUGCCGUGCUGGAAUCGAAGCUGCGAAACGAGAUUAACACGGAGGAGAAACGCAAGGAGCACCAGCGUGAGCUGGCCCAGCAGCUGAACGAGCGCGCCAAAGACCGGCUGGCCAAGCAGGGCAACUCCAAGGAGGUGGAAAAGGUGCGCAAGAACACCGUCUCCUACAAGUCCAUCAGCCAAAUGCCGCGCGAGACAGAGGUCAAGGAGCUGAAGCUGUACGUGGACAAGAAGUACGAGACCGUCAUCAUGCCCGUGUUCGGCAUCCAGGUGCCGUUCCACAUCUCGACCAUCAAGAACAUCUCGCAGUCGGUGGAAGGCGAGUACACGUACUUGCGUAUCAACUUUUUCCAUCCGGGCGCCACGAUGGGUCGCAACGAAGGCGGACUUUAUCCUCAGCCAGAGGCAACGUUCGUCAAGGAAGUAACCUAUCGCAGUUCCAACGUAAAAGAACACGGUGAAGUGGGUGCUCCAUCUGCGAAUCUGAACAACGCUUUUCGGUUAAUCAAGGAGGUGCAGAAGCGCUUCAAAACCCGCGAGGCAGAGGAACGCGAGAAGGAGGAUCUCGUGAAGCAGGACACGCUUAUACUGUCCCAAAACAAGGGUAAUCCCAAGUUAAAGGAUCUGUAUAUUCGACCCAACAUCGUGACCAAGCGCAUGACGGGCAGUUUGGAGGCGCACACCAACGGAUUCCGGUACAUCUCUGUGCGCGGAGACAAGGUGGACAUCCUGUACAACAACAUCAAGAGCGCGUUUUUCCAGCCCUGCGACGGCGAGAUGAUUAUCCUUCUGCAUUUUCAUUUGAAGUACGCCAUUAUGUUCGGCAAAAAGAAGCACGUAGACGUGCAGUUCUACACGGAAGUGGGAGAAAUUACCACGGAUCUUGGCAAACACCAGCACAUGCACGACCGCGAUGAUUUGGCAGCCGAGCAGGCGGAGCGGGAGCUGCGACACAAGCUCAAGACGGCCUUCAAGAGCUUCUGCGAGAAGGUGGAAACAAUGACCAAGUCCGUGGUGGAGUUCGACACUCCGUUCCGCGAGUUGGGAUUCCCUGGAGCACCUUUCCGCAGCACGGUUACUCUGCAACCCACCUCGGGCUCGCUGGUCAACCUUACUGAAUGGCCGCCAUUCGUUAUCACGCUGGACGACGUGGAGCUGGUGCACUUUGAGCGCGUUCAGUUCCAUCUGCGAAACUUCGACAUGAUCUUUGUGUUCAAGGAGUACAACAAGAAGGUGGCCAUGGUCAAUGCUAUCCCCAUGAACAUGCUGGAUCACGUCAAAGAGUGGCUCAACUCCUGCGACAUUCGCUAUUCUGAGGGUGUUCAAUCACUCAACUGGCAAAAGAUCAUGAAGACCAUCACAGACGACCCCGAGGGUUUCUUUGACCAAGGCGGCUGGACUUUCUUGGACCCCGAAUCGGGCAGCGAGGGCGAGAACGAAACCGCCGAGUCCGAGGAGGAUGAGGCAUAUAAUCCCACAGAUGCCGAAACGGAUGAAGAGUCGGACGAAGACUCCGAGUACUCGGAGGCCUCAGAAGACAGCGAAGAAAGCGAUGAGGACCUCGGCUCGGAUGAGGAGUCUGGCAAGGAUUGGUCCGAUCUGGAGCGGGAGGCUGCCGAGGAGGAUCGCAACCAUGAUUACGCCACCGAUGACAAGCCACGCAACGGAAAGUUCGACUCCAAGAAGCACAACAAGAGUUCGAAGCACAGUCGCCGCGACCGUGAAGAGGCUCGAUCGUCGUCGCACAGUAAAAAGCAUAAGUCGAACUCCUCCUCUUCCUCUUCGCAUAUUAAAUCCUCCAGCUCCAAACAUGGCAGCUCAUCUAGCCCAUCGAAAUCGUCCAAGGAUAAGUACCACAGCCGGGACAAGCAUCAUUCCUCCUCGUCGUCCGGACACAAGAGCAGCAGCAAGGAUCGCAAGCGCUCGCGGGACGACAGUCGCGACAAUGGCCACAACAAGUCGAAGAAGUCGCGUCACUAGGGAGCUGUUCCGAUUCCUUUCGAGACACUCCCAGCGUAAUAUGUUUUAACAACUGUUAUCAUUGUCUAUCUGUUAAAAGAUCCUCCCACUCUGAUCCCGAUCCUACCCACUCAUUUUUUCACGCUUCAAAAGUUGUAUUACAAAUUAAAUAUAAUACGAUACAUUUAUGAAAUAAACUAAUGUAAGAUCUA